AAAAUGUCGAACAUGAAGUAAGUUGUUAGGUACACUGCGCAGGACAUGAAUAUGUAGAGCUGCGCAUUUGGCAUCUCUCUCGUGUGUACACUGCGCAGAAAAUGAAUUUCAGAUUCUACGCAUAUGCAUUUGUUGUUGUAGACAAUUUCGAGAGUUCGGACGACUUGCAAGCAGAAAUAUUGUAAGAUAUUAACAAACCACCAACUGAUAAAUCUACAAAGCAUGGCAAAACAAAAUAUCUACCAAAAGUGAUUCUGGCUCAAACCGAUAAUGUGCACAUGAUGGUAGUGAAAAAGUGCUGUAUGACAUCUUGUGACAACACUUCCAAAAACGGAGAUCCGAAAAUUAGCUACUAUCCGUUUCCAAAGGAUUUUGAUCUGUGUAUGCAAUGGGUGCAAAACAGCGGAAAACCCGAAUAUUUCGAACAAUUCGCCUUUGAAGGCGCGUUGCCAUUUUUGACCAAACAUAUGUGCUCUGAGCAUUUUGGGGAUAGUGAUUUUCUUGAUGUUACCAACAGAGAUAUAGGAUUGAAACCAAAUGCAAUACCGAGAUUGAACCUAGUACUAUGUCAAAUUGAAGCAGAAGUUGACAUAGGUGAACACCUGGAAAAUAUUGAAAUAAAGCAAGAACCUUUGGAUUCUGAAUCAUUGGACAACAUGACAGAUCAAAACCCCAAUGAAGAUCCUCUAAAAGUUCCAAUGCCACCUUUAAAAUUUGGCGAUGAGGGGUUCUAUGACAGUCUGCAUCUAUCAACAAUGUUGAAUGGAGAUGGAUCAUAUACCAGUAAUGAGUCCUGUGACAGUAGUUCUCAAACUGAUGAGGGAAGGGCACUGAGAGAUCUGUUCUUUGUUCGAUACGAAACGGCGUUGGAUACAGAAAAUAAGAAGAGGAGAAUGAAUGAAACUGAAGAUCAAAGGAAAGAAAGGUUACAAAAAGCCGCAUCAGAAGCUAAAAGAAAAAGAAACUCCGAAUCCGAAGAAGAAAAGAAAUUAAGACGGAUGAAGAACGCACUGGCCACUGCUAUACGAAGAAGAAGAGAAACGCCAGAACAAACGGCUGCGCGCAGAGAAAAAGGUAGAAUCAGAGCGAGAUUGAAGAGAGCGACAGAAACCGAAGAACAAACUAAAGCUAGAAGGCUCCAUGAGGCAAUGAGGGUGGCAGAGCGCAGACGCAACGAAACUGCCGAGCAACGGGAGCGAAGACUCAAGCGCGAAGCGGAACGGGUACGGUGCAAACGUCGAAACGAAUCGCCGGAACAAAAAGCGAAACGUAGAGCCAAGGAUAGAGACCGGAUGAACAAGAAAAGGAUGCUGAAACGCAUUCUGAAGCAGAUCGACGAGAUAUAUGAUAGCACAACGACGAAUAGGGCACGUGUCAAAGUAAAGGUCGAACCUUCCGAUGAGGUUGUGGUGACAUACGCGCCGGCCGAAGACUGGUUGACAAUAUCUCCGGAAGUGACUUACGGUGCAGCUGGAACCAGCAGGACUAUAACCGUGGGUUAUGCUGAUCUAGUGGCUGCCAAGAGCGCUGGGACGAUAAGGGUGAGCAACGACGAAUCGUUGGGGACUGAGACCCUCUCGGAGCCUUGUUUUGUUGAAGCUGGAACCAUAAGGGUUGCUUAUGAUGAGUUAGUGGGAAGGAGGAGCACUAGUACCCUCUCGGAUCCUUCUGAUGCUGGAACAAUGAGUGACCAUGACGAGUCGGUGGGGACCAACAGCACUGGGACCCCUGCGGAGCCUUGUUGUGGCGAAGCUGGGACCGUAAGGGUUGCAUAUGAUGAGUUAGUGGGGAGCAGCACCACUGCGACCCGCUUGGAACAUUGCGCUGAAGCUGGAACAAUAAGGAGUGGCAAUGAGGAGAUGGUCGGGACCAACAGCGCUGGGUCGCAUGCGGAGCCUUGUUGUGGCGAAACUGGAACCGCAAGGGUUGGAUAUGAUGAGUUAGUGGGGAGUAGCAGCACUGGGACCCGUUUGGAACCUUGUGAAGCUGGAACCAUGAGUGACCAUGUCGAGUUGGUGGGGACCAAGAGCACUGGGACCCCUGCGGAGCCUUGUUGUGGCGAAGCUGGGACCGUAAGGGUUGGAUAUGAUGAGUUAGUGGGGAGCAGCACCACUGCGACCCGCUUGGAACAUUGCGCUGAAGCUGGAACAAUAAGGAGUGGCAAUGAGGAGAUGGUCGGGACCAACAGCGCUGGGAACCCUUCGGAGCCUUGUUGUGGCGAAACUGGAACCGCAAGGGUUGGAUAUGAUGAGUUAGUGGGGAGUAGCAGCACUGGGACCCGUUUGGAAUCUUGUGAAGCUGGAACCAUGAGUGACCAUGUCGAGUUGGUGGGGACCAAGAGCACUGGGACCCCUGCGGAGCCUUGUUGUGGCGAAGCUGGAACCGUAAGGGUUGGAUAUGAUGAGUUAGUGGGGAGCAGCACCACUGCGACCCGCUUGGAACAUUGCGCCGAAGCUGGAACAAUAAGGAGUGGCAAUGAGGAGAUGGUCGGGACCAACAGCGCUGGGAACCCUUCGGAGCCUUGUUGUGGCGAAGCUGGAACCGCCAGGGUUGGAUAUGAUGAGUUAGUGGGGAGCAGCAGCACUGGGACCCGUUUGGAAUCUUGUGAAGCUGGAACCAUGAGUGACCAUGUCGAGUUGGUGGGGACCAAGAGCACUGGGACCCCUGCGGAGCCGUGUUGUGGCGAAGCUGGAACCGAAAGUGUUGGAUAUGAUGAGUUAGUGGGGAGCAGCAGCACUGCGACCCACUUGGAACAUUGCGGUGAAGCUGGAACAAUAAGGACUGGCAAUGAGGAGAUGGUGGGUACCAACUGCGCUGGGACCCCUUCAGAGCCUUGUUGUGGCGAAGCUGGAACUGUAAGUGUUGGAUAUGAUAAGGUAGCGGGGAGCAGGAGCACUGGGACCCCUUGUUGUGGCGAAGCUGGAACCGUAAGGGUUGGAUAUGAUGAGUUAGCGGGGAGCAGGAGCACUGGGACCCUUUCGGAAUCUUGUGAAGCUGGAACAAUGAGUGACCAUGACGAGGUGGUGGGGACCAAGAGCUCUGGGACCUUUAUGGAGCCUUAUCGUGAUGAAGCUGGGACUAUAAGGGUGGGCUGUGAUGCGGUAGAAGGGAGCAGGGGUUCUGGGACCCCCGUGGAGGUUUGUGAAGGGAGAAACAGUGUGAUGAGUGAUGUGAAAAUGGGUGAUAGCGAAACGGGUAGUAACCAAGUAGGGGGAAGUGAGAUUAAUAGCACUUCCGCGAUUACUGGUGCAACGUAGUUGGAGGAGUGACUAGAUUGUUAAUUCCUAAAAAUGUAUCAGAAUAACUUAAGUUUACGUGUUGUCAAAGCCCAAAGUUCGACCAAACUGAGGACAUAUCGCCGAUGGCUUUGAUCAAAAUCUUGUGUCUCACGCCUCGAUGUCUGUAAGAGCCGAAUUUGAAACAGCUGUCAUACCUAUGUUUCACUGUUUUGCUAUUUUCUACGCAAACUUUCUGCAGUUAUUGCUGAUACAUUUUAAUCUAAGAAAUAUAACUAUUUUCCUAGUCAUUUUCCUAUGUACAUUAAUAGAAAAUUCAUGCUGGUGUACCAUGUUUUUAGUACAAUAUUUGCACAAUACUGAUAUCGAACUAAACUGGUGGACAGUUGCCUUGCAACAUUGCAAAUUUUACGCAAAUUCAAAUCUCGAUAUUUUGACCUACUCUUUGAGAACACGUAGAAGCUUCGACCGGUGUAUUGCUUUUAUUUUUCUGCCUAUACAUGGUGAGCAAAGGAAGUCAGUUUAUUUAGCGCAGUUUGCGGCUGUGUAUUCUGAAUUUCUGAUCUUGGAAAUUUUUAAUUAUUCGCUAAACGGCCUUCUUCCAAUGAUCUUAUACAAUUCUCUCGUUCUUUUUUAAACAAACGAGGCAUUUUUGAGAAAAUAAAAUUAUACUGUCAAGUCUACAGUCAGUAUUAUUGUUACUUAGCAAUUGCAUGUUUUAGGUGCAAUUAUGUAGUUAGGAUGAUGAAAAUUCGGUAAUUUUAGUUAUAGCCAAAUUUCGAAAAAUUUGAGAUAUCACCUUUUUUUAGGAUAGUCCAAAGAUCAAACGGAUGCAUAGAAAAAAUUCCAAGAUCAAAAAUUGAGAAGCUAACAUUUCUAAAAUAACCUGAUUUCCUAUGCUCACCAUUUAUAGGUAGAUAAAUAAAAGAAAUAUACCUGUCGAACUCUGUACGUGUUCUCAAGAGUUGGUCAAGAACCUCCCGAAUAACUCAACUUGAUAUCUUUGUUCCGAAAAUAUCGAGAUUUGAAUUUGGUAAAAUUUUCAAUGUUGCCCAGCAAAUGUCCACUAGUUUAUUACAACUUAUAUUUUUAGGUAGAAUAUAAUAUGUUGUUCUAUUCUCCUUUUGGACUGGUACCAUUGCUUAACCUACCUGAAUAUAGUCCAUCAUAAUAGCGCCAAAAAAAUUAUCCUAGAUGAAAUGAGAUACGGUAGGGUCAUAUAUAAUCACGAUAAACAGUCUUUAUUGAUUUUCAUAGACAAAGAAAUUGCGCUUUGAAAAAUACAAUACAAUCCCAGUGGCACAGUCUAGCUAAUAGCUAUUUUACUUAAACACUGGAUGGCAGUGUCCAAAUAAGAAUACAAUUAAAACUGGAAUUAAGCCAAAGAAUCGAUGAAGAUGACAAGAAAAUAAAUAGUAAAUGAAGUUUACUAAAAGCAUUCGCAAAGAUACAUGCAUGUAGUGAUUAUGCUUUCAACUUUUUACUACCAUACAGAAUGUACGACAGGAGCAGUAAAUUUUAUUUGUUUACUCGAAAACGGUGCAUCCGACCAAGAGGGUAAAUUUAUUGCAAAAUAAAUGACGAUUUCAAAAACGAAAAAGCAGUGUCGUACCAUAUGUUUUUUACGCCACUGGUAGAAAUAUUAAACAAUAUUCUACAUUAAAAAAUGCCUUUUGGUGCUUAGUAGGUGCACGUCAAAUUCCAUGAAAAUACCCAAAACAAUAUUAGAACACGAAUUUUUUAGCUAUCAAUUAAAUUACAUCCUGUGUAUGCCGUGUACGUUAAUACAUAUUUUAUUAAUGGCCCCAGUAUAGACCCUUGGGGCACCCCAUGACGAGUGGCUACAGCGCCAUCUAUGAGACACUAACCUUUUCAAAGUAUAUUUAGUAAAUAGGGAAACAGCUGUGACAAAUUUUCAUAGACGACGCUAGUACGCGACUGUAUUUUCGCACUUUAUUAAUAUAAUAAUUGUAUUUUAUUCUUUUUUGCUAGCUCAUUACUUGUGGUCGAUAUUAAUAUCCGCUUUACACGAUCUAAUAAAUUGAACAAUUUUUUAAGCUUGCAGAACUUUGACCGUAAAAACUUUAAAAUCGCUGUCAAUUUUUGGGGGAAUUCUAGUUACUUUUGGCCCUUUUUCCUAGAUACCAACCUUGGUUAUUCGACGCGUUGACGUUUUGUGAUUUGAGAGUAAAAUUAUAGUCCUUACAGGUUGGCUUGGUUUUUUGGUUUUAAUUUACGAUUUGAUAUGGUGUUAUAGGAAGUUACAUGUAUUCUUGACACAAAUAAAUUUGGUAAUGCAAUUUCGCUGCGGGUUACCUUGAAGAGAAACAUCAAUUUUUGAGACAUUUAUUCGUAAAUUUAUUUUACUGUGUAACAACCUUAUCUCAUUUCUCCAAGUUAGUAAUUCUGUCCGAGUUUUUUUUGAAACAGAGUUUGAAGUUUUGACUACGCAAUCUCAUUUUAUCUCGGUUAUUUUUUCAGGUAGAAUAAGUUACUUGUUCCAAAUGCGUCCAUUAUAAAACUACCUAUUAUAAUGUUAUUUGAUCAAUAUAUAUUUAUCGCUUAUUUGCAAUAUUGUCAGAG